AUGUUUGGCUAUACUGGAAUUGCGGUCACCGAUCCAACAAGACAGGCAGAGAUCUACCGAGCAUUGGAAUCGUUGAAAAAAGAUGAACUUGGUUGGAAAAAGUCGGUUGAAUCAUUCGUUGGUCCCAACAAACCGUCAGCAGAAGAGCAGUUUCUAUUGCUGCAAGUCAUCGAAGACUUUCUGAACAAGCGGUACAGCUCGGCAACCCAACAAGAUGUUUUAGUGAUCAGAAAUUUUUUGUUGCAUUAUAUCAAAGGCUUCCAAGAUAAUUCAAGCACAAGCCAUGAGAUGUUCCUAACUAACAAAAUGGCUCACAUUUUCUCACUGGUGUUUGCUAUGGAUUUUCCUGAAAGAUGGUCAGCAUUUUUCAACGAUCUUUUUUUCAACAACAAUAUCACGGAUACAAAUAUCUCGAGCUUCUACCUGAAAGUUCUUCUUGCUAUUGACACAGAAGUUGUUAACCGGGACAUCCAACGUUCAAAAAAUGAAAGUGAACGAAAUAUCAAAAUAAAAGAUGCGAUGAGGGAGAUCUGUAUGAACGAGGUUGCUAAAAGUUGGCUAACCAUUGCAAACAGUUCGAAAGAGGAAGCAAUUCAAUGUCUCGUUUUGCGGAAUAUUGCCGCUUACGUCGAUUGGAUUGAGUUGGAUCUUGUUGCAAACGACUACGUGAUGCCGUUCAUUAUUUCAAAGCUACAGGAUUCAGCGACUUCAGAGGACGCCACUUCAGCAGUUUGUGGUCUAAUGCAGAAAGGCAUGCCAGCGGAGAAAAAGGUCGGAUUGGCGUUGACAGUAAUGACUGUUUUACGAAAUAAUGGUCUUCUCACAGUGAACGAUAACAACGACGAAGAUGAAGUCACACGUGUUGGAUCGCUAGUCAACACUCUCGGAUUAGUUCUUUUAGAUGUUCAAAACAAGUGA